AUGGGCUGGCUCUCACGGAUUUUCUCUACAGGAGAAGAAGGCAGCGGCAGGAAGCUCAACGCCUACAAUGUUUGGAUGUUGCUCUUCGUGUCCAUUGGCUCGAUGACCUAUGGUUACACGGCUAGUAUCAUUGGAUCGACGCUUGGCCAACCCACCUUCAUCGCCUACUUCGACCUCGCGACUCGCCCCAAUGGCACUCAGCUCAUCGCCGCGACGAACGGCCUUUUUCAGGCUGGAGGCGUGAUUGGAACCUUGACACUUCCCAUAUUCACGGAUCGAUGGGGCAGCGCCGUCCUUGCCCUCAUCUCUGGUGCAGUCCUCUCCGGUAGCACUCACAUCGCAGAGUUCCUCGUCUUUCGCUUCAUCGCUGGUGCCAGCGCUUUCAUGAUCCUCGCCGCGGUUCCGAUCUGGAUGAGCGAGGUCGUGCCGGCACAUUUGCGUGGAGCCUUGGUCAAUGUCCAUGCCAUCUCGCUAGUGUUUGGAUACUUCGUCCAGAGCUGGAUCGGGUUUGGCUUCUUCCACUGGACGAAUGGAGGGAACUAUACCUGGCGGAUCCCCUUGAUGUUCCAGAUGGUCUGGCCGUUGUUGCUGUUGUUGGGUUUGAAGUGGGUUCCCGAGAGUCCUCGAUGGCUCCUCAUGCGAGAUCGUGGAGAAGAAGCCAAGAACAUCCUGCUUCGACUCCACGACGAUCCGUCUGACCCACACCAUGCUUUUGCUCGUUCCGAGUAUAUCCAGAUCCAGAAGCAGCUUGCUCUUGACCGAACCCUCGACGACAGCUGGAGGCAUAUCUUUAGCAAGCCGUCUCUCCGCAAGCGUCUCUGGCUGAGUAUUGGAACGACGGGCUUCAUCCAAUGCUCGGGUGUCCUGGUCAUCAACAACUACGGUCCAACCUUGUACAAGAAUCUCGGCUUCUCUGAAACCAAACAACUCCUCUACCCAGCCGCCUGGCUAACCCUUGCUCUUGGCUUGAACGCAAUGGCGUCCUUCCUAGUGGACCACUUCUCCCGCAACAAGUUCCUCGCCAUCGGUGUGUUCGGAUGCAUGGUCACGCUGAUCAUCGAAGCGGCCUUGAUCGCCGAAUUCGUUCCCUCGAACAACUCCGCUGCACUGCAAGCUGCUGUAGCGAUGCUCUUCAUCUUUGAGAUCCCGUACGAUCGGUGUCUUGACGGAUUGCAGUUCACGUACAUCGCGGAGAUCUGGCCUGCACAUUUGAGGGCGAAGGGCAUGAGUGCAGGUGUGGCGAUGAUCAGUCUGAUGAAUAUCAUGUGGUUGCAGGCCGCUCCCACGGCUUUCGAGACAAUCGGCUGGAAGUUCUACCUCUGCUUCAUCAUCCCCGGCACGAUCGGGAGCGUCAUCAUGUGGGUGUGGUUUCCAGACACCAAGGGCAAGCCGUUGGAAGAAGUUGCGGCGAUCUUUGGUGAUGUUGAUGAAGUUGUGGUGUAUCAACGGGAUAUCGAUGUUUCCCUCGACGAUAUCGACAGUGGUGUUAGCGAUGAGAAAACCGGUCCUGCUGUGCACGUCGAAGAUGCUCACGUCGAUGGUCGCGAUGAUCGAGAGAAAGCCUGA